AUGUUCAGCAGCAUGUCACAGUCACAGGAGUGCAGAGGCUACAAACACGGCGAUGAAACAGGUGGACUCUACGUUUUGAUGCUGCUGUCCUUUUUCCCACUGUACUACUGGUGCUUUACAAACGAAAGUACUGAGGAUGAGUUUGAAAUAUCCUUUGUUUGUCAUCGGCCUGAUGAUCUGGACAUACUACAGGAAGAGACUGAAUUCAGCAAGAAAGAGCUGCAAUUCCUCUACAGGGCCUUUAAAAAUGAAUGUCCCAGUGGAGUGGUGACUGAGGAUGUGUUUAAAAUCAUUUACUCUCAAUUCUUCCCACAGGGAGAUUCAAGAACUUAUGCACAUUACCUAUUUGAGGCAUUUGAUACUAACAGGAAUGGCUGUUUGAGUUUUAAGGAGUUUGUUGCUGGUCUGUCACUCAUCCUUAGAGGCUCAAUAUAUGACCGGCUAAAUUGGGUAUUUAAUUUCUAUGAUCUUGAUAAGGAUGGAUUCAUCACAAGAGAGGAGAUGAUGAAGAUCAUGAAGUCGAUUUAUGAUUUGAUGGGGAAGCAUGUGUAUCCUUCCAUGCAUGAUGAAACUCCCAGAGAACAUGUGGAAAAAUUCUUUCAGAAGACCGGACCAACACAGACAGCACAGAUGAGUUCUCCCCACGGCAUGCAAUCGGCUGCGUGUUUCUCCGUCCUUGCUCGCCGGGAUCUCCCCUUCUACGAGUACGCCGGGGAGUUUUGCAAGCUCGCAGCGGUGACGGCGAUGGAUGAUGCCACCCUCAACCAUCUGUUCUGGCUUGGGGCCAACACUCAUUGCUCCUUGGACCUCCCACACACCACUGGACUGAGCCAGAACCAGUCCGCCGCCAUCCGCGGCUCACCCAAGGCAGCCGGCAGAUCCCCACAUAUCCUUUGA